AUGAAACCAUCCGUUGAUGCUCCUAAGUUUGCUGCAUGGAAUAGAUGCAACAAUAUGGUUCUUUCCUGGAUCUUGAAUUCAGUGUCUCAAGAGAUUGCUUCUAGCAUUAUCUACAUCGAAUCGGCUCAAGAAAUGUGGGAAGACAUUAAAAAGCGAUUCUCUCAAUCAAAUGGACCUCGGAUUUUUCAACUUCAAAAGGCUAUUGCAGCUCUAUCUCAGAAUAAUCAGUCAAUAAGCUCCUAUUAUACUGCUCUUAAAGGUCUGUGGGAUGAGUUGAAUAACUACCGUCCCUUGCCUCUAUGUUCUUGUGGAACUUCACACACAGUUCUUGAUUAUCAGCAUCAAGAAUAUAGGUCAAAUCCUGCUUAUGGAUCCUUUGCCUCCGAUCAACAAGAUUUUUUCUAUGGUGAUGCAAGAAGAGCGUCAAAGGGAGAUUACUACUCUCCUUUAAGCCAUACUCCUGCUGCAAUGGCUUCCAAAUCAACUCAACCUGUUGCACGGUUUCAAGGAUCUAAACCACAAGGUUUUCCUCGCAAAGAACGGCCUCUUUGCACUCAUUGUGGCCUUCUUGGUCACACGAUCGAGAAGUGA